AUUCUUGGAUUUGAAGUGGACACCAUCAAUUCUGUGCAGCUAUCAAACCAUACAGGAUACAAGUACUGGAAAGGUCAGAUAUUAGAUGCAGAAGAGUUGGGUGAAAUUUUUGAUGGCUUGAAACUCAAUCAUCUGCAGCGUUAUACACAUUUACUGACAGGUUAUGUUGGAUGUGUAUCUUUCCUGGGAAAAGUAUUAGAAGUUGUGAAGGAGUUAAAGGAAAAAAAUCCCGACCUAAUGUAUGUUUGUGAUCCUGUUAUGGGAGAUAAUGGAAAAAUGUAUGUUCCAGAAGACUUGCUACCAGUGUAUAGGGACCAACUUACUCCACUCGCUGAUAUAGUCACACCCAACCAAUUUGAGGCUGAGCUUUUGACUGGAAUUAAGAUCAAGACUAGGAGUGACGUUGUACGAGCCAUGGAAGUUCUACACAUGAGAGGAAUUCCCACCGUCGUUAUUUCCAGCACAGAGUUAGGAUCAGACAACGUCCUUGUAGCAUUAGGAAGUUCGAACAAAAAUGGGAAAAAAAUUCAGGUUCAGCUUGAGAUUCCUCAACUUCCGGCAGUGUUUACUGGAACCGGAGAUUUAUUUACUGCUCUUCUUCUUGCUUGGAUGACGAGGACUCAGCAUGAUCUGAAGGUGGCCUGUGAGAAGACAGUUAACACUCUACAAGACGUGCUGAAGAAAACAUACGCACAUGCUAAAGAAAUGUGUGGAAGUGAAGACAAAUUUAAUUCAGAAUUGUUGGAGCUAAAGUUAAUCCAGAGUAGAGAAUUUAUUGAAAAUCCCACGACUCACAUUGAAGCAUGCAUUGUUUAAGUCGUUAUUAGAUUAUUAGGAAUUGUAGGGGCGGAAAUGACCAAAAUAUCAUAUUGUUUGCUGUUGUUAUUUUUAAUUGUUAUGUUUGUGUGUGAAAAUCAGUGUAUCUUAAUAUUAGAAUGAGAUAUAAUUUAAGAUUGUUGACUUUUUUGAAAGUGAAAUAAUAAUAAUAAAGAAAUGGAACCAACAGAGGACAAUAAUAUAUGUGAACACGCAAUGACAAGUUACAUGAACUGUACUUUUAAUACACUGACUUUUUAAAGGAAAAAAAAAUAUCAUGUACGAGAUAAUUGUGAUUCGUUAGGCUGUAGAUUAUAACAAGAAAAAUUAUAUUAAACUUUCUUUGUUUAAGUACUUACUCGGUUUACUUGUUUUCCCGUGACAAAAGCGCAAAACCACUUGACAGUUUCUAAUUGUAUAUCAUGACAUUUUUUGUAAUUUAUGAAGUCCAGAAUUUAAUUUCUUUAUAUUAGUUCUUAGGGGGUUAGAUUUUAAACUUAGGAGUCACAGACUAACACUGUAUUAUAACCUCUUUCUCAUAUCGCAUGAUGUAGUUAUAAUCUACGACAAGGCUCGAAUUUCAGUUUUAAGGUUGAUCAGCAAACCUAGUGGUCUUUUUUUUUUUUCAAUUUGAUUGGCAGUUUGUUUAGUUGCCUGGCAAUGAUUAAAUAUAAUCUUUAAAAAACUGAUAAUUCCAUCAUUUUUGCAUCUAGUUUUGGUUUUCUCUUCUCACUGCAUCAUGUGGAGUAUACACUCAGAAAAAAAUGAACUUUUUAAAUUUAUUUGUACUAAGAACCACAGACUUUCAGUUUCAGCUUGUACAAUAAAGACAGAUUUGUAUUCA